GUUUCCCAGCCAAGUAAAGUUUGUAAUGCGGGCCUGAGUCUGAGCUACUUAGUGGCUGGAAGAAAUAAUAGCUCCUCCAUUCCCAAAAUAAAUCUCAAAAUAAAAUCUAAUCUUAUUUUAUAUCCCUUUUUUUUUUUUUUUUUUUUAGAUGGAGGUUUGCUCUGUUGCCCAGGCUAGAGUGCAUUGGCGCAAUCUCGGCUCACUGCAACCUCCGCCUCCCGGAUUCAAGCUACUCUCCUGCCUCAGCCUCCCUAGUAGCUGGAACUAUUGGUCCCUGCCACCACACCCAGCUAAUUUUCAUGUUUUUAAUAGAGACGUGGUUUCGCCGUGUUGGCCAGGCUGGUCUCGAACUCCUGACCUCAAGUGAUACGUCCAUCUCGGCCUGUCAAAGUGCCAAAGCGUAAACCACCGCCCCGAGUGGCUGGCAUUGUUUAUUAUGUCGCUGAUAUUGUCCAAAAUUUGGCCAUUGGGAGCUCCUUCUGGUUGGUUUCUGUGACUUUUGACACAACCCCAUCAUUUUUCAAGCAGUUCCUUACUUCUGGCCCCACAGAAUGUUUACUUCUGGCCCCACAAGUCUCCUCUUGUGCUUUCUUGCCCAGCCCUGGAUCAGCUAUUUCUCCAGGGACCCCUGGUUCCUUUCAUGGGAAAAUGAUGUUUACAGACCAUGGGCACCCAUAUGCCCAUCGCUAGUAGGUGCCGGUGCUUCUAUGCCCUCUAGUGGUCGGAGCUGGGAAAUAACACACCCACACUAGUGUACUGUUACCCACAUUUCACAAAUUAGGUAAAUGAGGCACAGAAAAGUUAGACAACUUGACUAACAUCACAGAGAAAAUAGGUAGUAGAACUGGAAAACAAAAAUAAUGACAGAUGCACAAGUCCUAACAAGCAAAAGUAACUUCUUCACACAUGCAUGUUAGUAGAAAGCCACAAGCCCAAUAUUCCAGCAUAGACACUGUCUUUGGAAAAUAACCAGAAUUCCACAGCAAUAACCACAGUGAUAACCAUCAUGUACUCAACACCCGCCUGGGCACGGGGCUCCCACAGCAGCUCACUUAUUCCCAACAACUCUGCAAGGAGGAUUUUACCAUCCUCCUUUUACAAAUCAGGGAAUCAAGGAUCAUAGAAGCCAAGUGACUUAUCCAAGUCAACACAGUUAAGUGACAGAACCAUUAGCUGAGCCCAGGUCUAUCUGGAUAUAAAUUCCGUACUUAUGCCACUAUAUAAGCGUUUCCCAAAACUGAUUUUAGGUGAAACAUAAAUAAACUUUGUUUAACUGUGUUUAUUUUAACGCAUGACAGGAAAAAAAUUAAGCACACAUCAAAUCUCUGAUUUCAUGGACAAUAUUGCAUAAGACAAAAAUAUUUUGUCUUCAGCUCCUGGCCUCAAGCCAUCCUCUCACCUCAACCUCUUGAGUAGCUGAGAUCACAGGUGUGAGCCACCGAGCCCUGCUAAGACAAGGAUGUUUUGUAAACUAAAUUUAAUUACAAAAAAAUAUGAAGUAAAUAAUAAUAAAGGUGGUAAAGCUGUAGAGAAAAUCAUAAAGUUGGUCUAGAAAUGUCUGGGGUCUGGAUGACAUAAUACUACAGCACCAUGCAGCUUCAUUCUCAGUUACUCCCAGGAAAUUAGAGUCACAUAACACUGCAGAAAGAACAAUUCAGAAUCUUAGACCCGGGCUUUAGCCCUGGAUGUGUCCACUCCUAGGACCCCAAACAUCUCUGUGACCUUCUUGCUGGGGGUAAAUCCAACCUUCCCAGACAUGUGAGAACACUAGGAACAUCCUGCACACAUAGAGGGGUUUCUCUGUAACAGAGAAAAUAACACCAGGUUUGAGGACCCCAGGGACUCUCUGUGUGGUGCUGACAGACCCAAGGCCCAGACACAGCAGAGGUCCGUGCUGGGGAGGGCGGGUCGUCCUGUUAUGGAACAGGGGUCCAAACAAGCUUGCUUCUCAGAGCAUCUUCUGGGGAACUGAAUAUAAACAGAAAGGGAAGAGGAGGAGGGACGAAAGAGACAGAAAUGAGAGGGGAGGGGAUAGAGGAUUCCUGAACAGAGACCACACCCAUGACCCACGUGACCCUGGGAAAUGCUUCUGCCCUGAGAGGAGGCUCAGCACAGAAGGAGGAAGGACAGCAGGGCCAACAGUCACAGCAGCCCUGACCAGAGCAUUCCUGGAGCUCAAGCUCCUCUACACAGAGGUGGACAGAGAAGACAGCAGAGACCAUGGGACCCCCCUCAGCCCCUCCCUGCAGACUGCAUGUCCGCUGGAAGGAGGUCCUGCUCACAGCCUCACUUCUAACCUUCUGGAACCCGCCCACCACUGCCAAGCUCACUAUUGAAUCCACGCCGUUCAAUGUCGCAGAAGGGAAGGAGGUUCUUCUACUCGCCCACAAUUUGCCCCAGAAUCGUAUUGGUUACAGCUGGUACAAAGGCGAAAGAGUGGAUGGCAAAAGUCUAAUUGUAGGAUAUGUAAUAGAAACUCAACAAGCUACCCCAGGGCCCGCAUACAGUGGUCGAGAGACAAUAUACCCCAAUGCAUCCCUGCUGAUCCAGAACGUCACCCAGAAUGACACAGGAUUCUAUACCCUACAAGUCAUAAAGUCAGAUCUUGUGAAUGAAGAAGCAACUGGACAGUUCCAUGUAUACCCGGAGCUGCCCAAGCCCUCCAUCUCCAGCAACAACUCCAACCCCGUGGAGGACAAGGAUGCUGUGGCCUUCACCUGUGAACCUGAGGUUCAGAACACAACCUACCUGUGGUGGGUAAAUGGUCAGAGCCUCCCGGUCAGUCCCAGGCUGCAGCUGUCCAAUGGCAACAUGACCCUCACUCUACUCAGCGUCAAAAGGAACGAUGCAGGAUCCUAUGAAUGUGAAAUACAGAACCCAGCGAGUGCCAACCGCAGUGACCCAGUCACCCUGAAUGUCCUCUAUGGCCCAGAUGUCCCCACCAUUUCCCCCUCAAAGGCCAAUUACCGUCCAGGGGAAAAUCUGAACCUCUCCUGCCACGCAGCCUCUAACCCACCUGCACAGUACUCUUGGUUUAUCAAUGGGACGUUCCAGCAAUCCACACAAGAGCUCUUUAUCCCCAACAUCACUGUGAAUAAUAGCGGAUCCUAUAUGUGCCAAGCCCAUAACUCGGCCACUGGCCUCAAUAGGACCACAGUCACGAUGAUCACAGUCUCUGGAAGUGCUCCUGUCCUCUCAGCUGUGGCCACCGUCAGCAUCAUGAUUGGAGUGCUGGCCAGGGUGGCUCUGAUAUAGCAGCCCUGGUGUAUUUUCGAUAUUUCAGGAAGACUGGCAGUUUUCAUUAUCCACCUAUAGAUUGGACCAGACCCUGAAUUCUUCUAGCUCCUCCAAUCCCAUUUUAUCCCAUGGAACCACUAAAAACAAGGUCUGCUCUGCUCCUGAAGCCCUAUAUGCUGGAGAUGGACAACUCAAUGAAAAUUUAAAGGGAAAACCCUCAGGCCUGAGGUGUGUGCCACUCAGAGACUUCACCUAACUAGAGACAGUCAAACUGCAAACCAUGGUGAGAAAUUGACGACUUCACACUAUGGACAGCUUUUCCCAAGAUGUCAAAACAAGACUCCUCAUCAUGAUAAGGCUCUUACCCCCUUUUAAUUUGUCCUUGCUUAUGCCUGCCUCUUUCGCUUGGCAGGAUGAUGCUGUCAUUAGUAUUUCACAAGAAGUAGCUUCAGAGGGUAACUUAACAGAGUGUCAGAUCUAUCUUGUCAAUCCCAACGUUUUACAUAAAAUAAGAGAUCCCUUAGUGCACCCAAUGACUGACAUUAGCAGCAUCUUUAACACAGCUGUGUGUUCAAAUGUACAGUGGUCCUUUUCAGAGUUGGACUUCUAGACUCACCUGUUCUCACUCCCUGUUUUAAUUCAACCCAGCCAUGCAAUGCCAAAUAAUAGAAUUGCUCCCUACCAGCUGAACAGGGAGGAGUCUGUGCAGUUUCUGACACUUCUUGUUGAACAUGGCUAAAUACAAUGGGUAUCACUGAGACUAAGUUGUAGAAAUUAACAAAUGUGCUGCUUGGUUAAAAUGGCUACACUCAUCUGACUCAUUCUUUAUUCUAUCUUAGUUGGUUUGUAUCUUGCCUAAGGUGCGUAGUCCAACUCUUGCUAUUACCCUCCUAAUAGUCAUACUAGUAGUCAUACUCCCUGGUGUAGUGUAUUCUCUAAAAGCUUUAAAUGUCUGCAUGCAGCCAGCCAUCAAAUAGUGAAUGGUCUCUCUUUGGCUGGAAUUACAAAACUCAGAGAAAUGUGUCAUCAGGAGAAUAUCAUAACCCAUGAAGGAUAAAAGCCCCAAAUGGUGGUGACUGAUAACAGCACUAAUGCUUUAAGAUUUGGUCACACUCUCACCUAGGUGAGCGCAUUGAGCCAGUGGUGCUAAAUGCUACAUACUCCAACUGAAAUGUUAAGGAAGCAGAUAGAUCCAAUUAAAAAAAAAUUAAAACCAAUUUUUAAAAAAAAAGAACACAGGAGAUUCCAGUCUACUUGAGUUAGCAUAAUACAGAAGUCCCCUCUACUUUAACUUUUACAAAAAAGUAACCUGAACUAAUCUGAUGUUAACCAAUGUACUUAUUUCUGUGGUUCUGUUUCCUUGUUCUGAUUUGACAAAACCCACUGUUCUUGUAUUGUAUUGCCCAGGGGGAGCUAUCACUGUACUUGUAGAGUGGUGCUGCUUUAAUUCAUAAAUCACAAAUAAAAGCCAAUUAGCUCUAU